CCAGCAUGCUUCAUUCCAUGAUCCCAAAAUUUGUUAUCACUGUUUCUGUUCGCAGUUUUUCGCGUGGUAUUUAACCUACUCUAAAAAUGCCAACGUUAUAGCUGUUGAUUUAGUUUUAAAAAUAUGAAAUAUUACAUCAUGUAACGUAGAUUUCAUCACAGUAACUAAACAGUUCUUCGAUUAUUUCAACUCGAUCCUUAAUCAAUCAUGUCGAAAAGAUCUCAACCUAAAUGGCAACCGCUGGACGGCGAGUCAGAUUUAUUCCUGUACAACAGCCUGACUCGAAGAAAAGAGAAGUUUGUUCCACAACAGAAGAAACAAAUAAAAUGGUACAGUUGUGGACCCACCGUUUACGAUGCUGCUCACAUGGGGCAUGCUAGAUCAUAUAUAACAUUCGACAUCUUACGAAGAGUAUUAUCUGACUAUUUUGGUUACGAUGUCAUCUACGUAAUGAACAUCACAGACAUAGAUGAUAAAAUUAUAAAACGUGCUCGUCAGAAUUACCUUUUUGAAGCGUACCUCAAAGAAGAACACACUUUUGAAGAGAUAUUGAACGAUACGAGGAAAGUUUUCGAAAGAUUGACCGCUUCCAUAAAAGAGACUCAAGAUAGCGAUAAACAUACCAUGCUUAGUAAUUUAUCGAAUAAAGUUACUGUUGCCAUUCAAUCUCUGGAGCAAAGUGUGCAAGAGGGCGAUUGUAAAAAAAUAUCCGAUAAUAUUAACCAGCUGUUGAUAACUAUUCGUGAUCCAUUCGCUGAUUAUUUAGAUUCGAAAUUUGGUAGUUCCGUUACAGAUAAUUCCAUUUUUAAUGAUUUACCCAGAUAUUGGGAAAAUGAGUUCCAUCAAGAGAUGAAAGCCUUGAACAUUUUGGAACCGGAUGUGUUGACCAGAGUUAGUGAAUAUGUGCCUGAAAUUAUUGCGUACAUUGAAAAAGUUAUAAGCAAUGGUUUAGCGUAUGAAUCAAAUGGAUCGGUUUAUUUUGAUGUGAAUGAAUUCGAUAGAAAGCCUAAUCAUUUUUACGCCAAAUUGGUUCCUGAAGCUUUCGGAGAUGCAAAAUCUCUUCAAGAAGGCGAAGGUGAUCUUUCUGCUGAUGGUAAAGAGAAACGUUCUGCUACCGAUUUCGCUUUAUGGAAAGCGUCCAAAGCUGGAGAGCCAUGGUGGGAUUCUCCUUGGGGAAAAGGUCGCCCUGGAUGGCACAUAGAAUGCUCUGUUAUGGCCUCAAAUAUUCUCGGAUCAUCUCUAGAUAUUCACACGGGCGGUGUCGACUUAAAAUUUCCUCAUCAUGAUAAUGAAUUAGCUCAAGCUGAGGCGUAUUACGAUAACGAUAAUUGGGUACGGUAUUUCUUGCAUUCCGGUCAUUUGACGAUAGCUGGAUGUAAAAUGUCUAAAUCGUUGAAAAAUUUCAUCACGAUAAAAGAUGCUUUGGAGAAAUACUCGGCUCGUCAAUUGAGAUUCGCAUUUUUGUUGCAUUCUUGGAAAGAUACGUUGGACUACAGCGAUAACACCAUGGAAAUGGCGCUGACGUACGAGAAAUUAUUCAAUGAAUUUUUCUUGAACGUGAAAGAUUUAACCAAGGGUACAAAUGAUGAGAUUGGCUGCUCUUCAUUUACGAAGUGGUCCUCUCUUGAAUUUAAACUCAAUCAGAAAUUCGUUGAUACUCAACAAGCUGUGCAUAAAGCUCUUUGUGAUAAUAUCGAUACCAGAACUACGUUAGAGGCCUUACGUGAUUGCAUCACUCAGUGUAAUAUUUACGUCAAAGAUUCUGAACGUAAUAUUAACGCUAUUUUAUUGAAGAAUAUCGCCAUGUAUAUUACCAAACUGAUGCAAGUAUUCGGUGUAAUUCCAUCAUCUGAAAGUAUAGGAUUCCCGUUGUCUACAAAAUCCGACGCGAAUAUCGAGAACAUAUUAAUGCCUCACUUGAACAUUUUAUCAGAAUUUCGUGAUUCGAUCAGAUCCGCGGCUAGAACUUUGAAAGCUACGAAUAUUUUACAAAUUUGCGAUACCCUGCGCGACGAUAUUUUGCCAAAUGUCGGAGUCCGAUUGGAAGAUCGCGAAGGAGCCAACGCAGCAGUUAAAUUAGUCGAUAGAGAUACCCUAUUGAAAGAAAAAGAAGAAAAGAAAAGAAUAGAAAGAGAAAAAGCAGCCGAGAAAGAGAGAAAAUUAGCCCUACAAGCCGAGAAAGAUGCUUUGAAAAAGAUACCUCCUUCCGAAUUAUUUAAAAAGGAAACGAAUAAAUAUUCGAAAUUUGAUGAAAAAGGUUUGCCAACUCAUGACGCUGAAGGAAAAGAAAUCAGCAAAGGAUUACUGAAAAAGUUACAAAAGUUACAAAUUCAACAGGAAAAAAAGUAUAACGAAUGGCAGCAAUCGAUACAACAAAAUGGAGCUUAAUUCGAUUUUUUAUUUAUUUAUUUUUAUAUGCGAUUUGUUGUACUUAUACCUGACUGAUUGGUAUUUUAAUUAUUUUGUUUUUUUACAACUGAGAAUUUCUUACAUCGAUAUCUCUGCAUUUAGUUUAUUUAACACCAAUAUAAUUACAGAAAGCAUUGAUUUUAAUA